GCGGCACGGCUCAUAUUCAGUAGACUCGGCCAUUUCUCUCGCGAAGCGUAGUUGCUCGCUCGGCCGCGACAUUUUUUUUCUGUAAAACGGUGCGGGUAUUCCCGUAAGCUUUGCAAAAUAACGCGACGCAAAAGGAUGAUACACUCCGGGCGCACCAGGCUCGAGAAAAAAGUAAGUCGCGUAGGCGUGGGAGGAGGGGGCCAAGUCGGGCAAGGGGUACAAGCGGUUGAGGAUUCCGGUGCAAGCGGUCAAUGGUGGAGGCAACAGCAUCCAUCGUAUCAUCAUCAUCAUCAUCAUCACCAACAUCAUCACCAUUAUCAUCAUCAGGCCGGUUAUUAUACGUCGCAAUCGCACACUCACAACAACCCUGUCACGACCAUGAAGCAGUCUUACAUGCAGCUAACAUGGGUGUUUCAUGACGACGAGGCGCAGAUUAAUAAGAAACUGCCAAAAGAAUUGCUGCUUAGAAUUUUUUCGUAUCUGGACGUGGUAUCGCUGUGCCGGUGCGCGCAAGUAAGCAAAGCCUGGAACGUGUUGGCGCUCGACGGAUCCAAUUGGCAGAGGAUCGAUCUCUUCGAUUUCCAACGAGACGUGGAGGAACAGGUCAUAAGAAAUAUAUCGAAACGAUGCGGAGGUUUCCUGAGGAAGCUGUCGCUCAGAGGGUGCCAGAGCAUCGGAGACAAUUCGAUGCGUACGUUGGCCGAGUCGUGUGCCAACAUCGAGGAGCUGAACCUCAGCCAGUGCAAAAAGAUCUCGGAUGCUACCUGCGCGGCCCUAAGCAGAUACUGUUCGAAACUCCAACGACUGAACUUGGACUCGUGUCCCGAGAUAACGGACAUUUCCCUCAAGGACCUCUCCGAUGGCUGUCCGCUUCUCACUCACAUUAACCUGUCCUGGUGUGAGUUACUUACCGACAACGGUGUCGAAGCGUUGGCGAGAGGUUGCCCGGAACUCCGUAGCUUUCUGUGCAGAGGCUGCCGUCAGUUAACAGACAGGGCUGUCAAAUGUCUGGCCCGUUACUGCCCCAAUUUGGAGGCGAUCAAUUUGCACGAAUGCAGGAAGAUAACGGACGACGCGGUGAGAGAACUCAGCGAACAAUGUCCACGGUUGCAUUAUGUUUGCCUGUCGAAUUGCCCUAAUCUAACAGACGCGUCUCUGGUCACGUUGGCGCAACACUGUCCGCUCCUUAGCGUGCUCGAAUGCGUGGCUUGCACUCAUUUCACCGACGCGGGCUUUCAGGCUCUCGCGAAAAACUGCAGACUGCUAGAGAAGAUGGAUCUGGAGGAGUGCCUUUUAAUAACAGAUGCCACGCUCAUUCACCUGGCCAUGGGCUGUCCAAGAUUGGAGAAACUGAGUUUGUCUCACUGUGAACUGAUCACCGACGAAGGCAUCCGACAGUUGGCUCUCUCGCCGUGCGCAGCGGAACAUCUGGCAGUGCUGGAAUUGGACAAUUGCCCCCUUAUCACAGAUGCUAGCCUCGAUCAUCUUCUACAGGCGUGUCACAAUCUCGAGCGCAUCGAGCUUUACGAUUGUCAACUGAUCACCAGAGCUGGCAUACGUAGACUCAGAACACAUUUGCCCAACAUCAAAGUCCACGCGUACUUCGCGCCAGUGACACCGCCGCCAAGUGCGGGAGCAUCACGACAGCGAUACUGCAGAUGCUGCGUCAUUCUGUGAUUUCGCAUAAAAACGAUGCAAAUCGUCCGAUGUACCACGCUACCGGUGGACCUUUAAUUUUGAUGGUCGCCGAUUCACGGCGAUCGUGGGACCUUCUCUCUUCCGGUUGCCAGACCGAGACUCUGGUCGCCUGGUCGUCAACAGUGAGAACAAGCCUCAUCGUGAAUGAAAUCGCGAAUCCUCCGACAGAUAUACAUACCAAUUCGACUCGCAACACACGCAAACGAGUACAAAAGAACAGUACGUCACCUAAUACAUACACACACAUACAUGAGUAUAUACAUACACAAAACCACACACAUCAGCUGCUGUUGCAAUUGUUACUAAUGUGUCGCUGCUACUAUCGCUCACUAUAAAACUGUUUCUAUCACUGCUGUUCGACUCUGUACGACGGUGUACAGUGAUAUCGUUUCUACUGGGACUCUAUUGAUUUUUGAUAGUACGUGCUUUGCUAAUAAUCGCCGUCGUUUCAUCACGAGCGUAAGUAACUGUUCAGCGAAGGAUUACGAGCAAAAUUCUCGGGUUUCGUUUCCGAUCGCAGUUGUAAGCACCGAUUUUUCUCGAGAAAGAAGACUACAGCAAAGAAAGAACGUACGGAAAGUAAAGAAAAAAACAACAAAAAAAAAAAAAAAAAA